AUGGAGUCCAAGCUACACCCGGCCGCCACGGUCACACACAUCAAAAACUUCAUCACUGUCACCCUUGAUAUGGACACCGCUCAAUAUUCCGCGUGGUCGGAACUCUUCCGCAUCCAAUGCCGCGCCUAUCUUGUCAGUGAUCAUCUCACUCAGCGCAAACCAUCCACCACAGCCUCUGCUUCCAAAGACGGUGACAAAGACAACGACACCGCUCCAAAGACUGCUGACUCAUGGGAACGGAUUGACGCCAUAGUCCUUCAAUGGAUCUACGGCACAAUCUCGAGUGAUCUUUUACACACCAUUCUUAAGACCAACACUACUGCCUACGACGCAUGGCAUGCUCUUCAAUCCAUCUUUCAAGACAACAAGGCCAUUCGUGCCAUUCAUCUUAAGAAUAAGUUCUCAAACACACGUCUCGAAAACUUCCCUAAUGUCUCGGCCUAUUACCAAGAGUUGAAAGUCCUUGCGGAUCAACUCUCCAACGUUGAUGCUCCCAUAGAUGAUAACAGUUUGGUACUGCAAGUCAUUGCCGGUCUAACCGAGCAAUUUGACGGGAUUGCUACAAUCCUCCAACAAACCAAACCCUUACCUUCUUUUUAUGAAGCCCGAUCUCAGAUAUGCCUCGAAGAAACCCGUAAGGCCAACCAAGCCAUGCACGCUGCCUCUGCCGCCGCCACGGCUCUUGCUGCCUCCACCAACAAACAGCCUCCGAACUCUUCCGCACCCAACCAAGACUACCGCACUGAUCAAUAUUCUGAUCGUAAUCGAGGGCGCGGUAAUCGACGAGGAAGAGGUCGCGGCAGAUCCUCAGGGGGACGCGGACGUGGUCAACCAUCUCAGCAGACCUACGGGUACCCACAUUGGGGCACACAUCCGACCCAAUGGGCCGGCCCACCUCCAUUUCAGGCUUAG